AAAAUGGAAGAAGCCAAAAGCCAAAGUUUGGAGGAAGACUUUGAAGGGCAGGCCACACACACAGGGCCCAAAGGAGUAAUAAAUGAUUGGAGGAAGUUUAAAUUAGAGAGUGAAGAUAGUGAUUCAUUCCCACCUAGCAAGAAGGAGAUUCUCAGACAAAUGUCUUCUCCUCAAAGUAGAGAUGACAAAGACUCAAAAGAAAGAUUCAGCAGAAAGAUGAGCAUUCAAGAAUAUGAACUUGUUCACCGAGACAAAGAAGAUGAAAACUGCCUUCGUAAAUAUCGUAGACAGUGUAUGCAGGAUAUGCACCAGAAGCUGAGUUUUGGUCCUAGAUAUGGAUUUGUGUACGAGCUGGAAUCUGGGGAGCAAUUCCUGGAAACCAUUGAAAAGGAGCAGAAAAUCACCACAAUCAUUGUUCACAUUUAUGAAGACGGUAUUAAGGGCUGUGACGCUCUAAACAGUAGCUUAACAUGCCUUGCAGCCGAAUAUCCUAUGGUCAAAUUUUGUAAAAUAAAAGCUUCUAAUACAGGUGCUGGGGACCGCUUUUCCUCAGAUGUGCUCCCCACACUGCUCGUCUACAAAGGUGGGGAACUCCUAAGCAAUUUUAUUAGUGUUACUGAACAGUUUGCUGAAGAAUUUUUUACUGGGGAUGUGGAGUCUUUCCUAAAUGAAUAUGGAUUAUUACCUGAAAGAGAGGUGCAUGUCUUAGAGCAGACCAACAUGGAAGAAGAUAUGGAAUAAAGAUUCACUAUGUCAAUAUCUCCAAUUUCUCCUUUAAGCAGUGAACAUUG